UCUCCAUCUCUUUCUUUCUCUCUCUUUCUGGUUCGAAGCUCGUUCUGGAAAAACCCUAUGGAAACCCUAAUAUAUGAUUGUGUUCAAUCUAGUCUUCGCCAUUUCCUUCCUCGAAAUGCAAUUUUUCUCUGUGAACGUCUCUGUGCAGAGUUUCCAUCUGAGUUAAAUUUGCAAUUAUUGGCUAGCUGUUACCUGAACAAUAAUCAAGCAUACUGUGCGUAUCAUAUUUUGAAAGGAACACAAUUGGCCCAAUCCCGCUACUUGUUUGCGAUAGCAUGCCUUCAGAUGGAUCUUUAUAGUGAGGCUGAAGCGGCUUUAUGCCCAACUAAUGAGUCUACAGCAGAGGUUCCAAAUGGUGCAGCUGGUCAUUACCUUCUUGGGCUUAUUUAUAGGUACACUGAUCGAAGGAAAAGUGCAGUAGACCACUUUAAGCAGGCUUUAUCCAUAGAUCCUCUACUAUGGGCUGCAUAUGAGGAGCUGUGUAUUUUAGGGGCUGCUGAAGAGGCAAACGAUGUCUUUGGUGAAGCUGCUGCUCUGUGUAUUCAGCAACAAUAUGUGCAUCAGAACUUGCAGACUCUCAAUGAGGAUAAUGGUAUAGUUUCAUGUAAGACAAUUGGUUUAAAUGAUUCAAGUGCAAGACAAAUGAGGCAUUCACAUGGGAAUCUUCGAGAAAUACCUUAUAAUCACCAUGGAGCAGUUAUAGGUGGUGUUCCAGGCGGUCAACCUCUAAAUGGCGGUUCUUCACUUUAUAGUACUCCUUCUCCAAUGAUAUCGCAGUUGUCAGCUGCUGCUCCACCGCCUCUAUUUAGAAAAGAACAGCCAAAUCCAAAUACUUUAGGUGGUGAAAGCUCUCCAAGAUCAGUUGUGAACUCUACAGUUCAAGCCCCUCGGAGGAAGUUUCUGGAUGAAGGAAAACUAAGGAAGGUUUCCGGUAGGCUAUUUGCUGAUUCAGGACCUCGUCGAAGUACAAGACUUGCGGCAGAAAUGGCAGCAGGCACAAAUUUGAACACCACACAUGUUGGAGCAAAUGGAACUAGUCACUCCUCUACUAAGUAUCUUGGAGGGUUUUCAUCGUCAUCUAGAUUAAGCUCAGCACAAAUUCGUUCGGUCACACUUCGUAAAGGAGGAUCUUGGGCAUCAGAAAGUUUCGAGGAAGGAAGACGGUCUGAGGCUUUUGAUGAUGCUCGUCUAGAUACGACGGCAACGACGUCUGUCGCAUCUUCAUCAGGUGAUGACAGAGCUGUCGAACACGAAAGAACCAUCAUGCCAAUGACUGGAGUUACUGCAAGUUGCUCAAGAGGCAUUUCUGGUGUUUUGGAGGUACUACGUCUAUUGAGGACUCUCGGAGAAGGAUACAGGCUUUCCUGUAUGUACAGGUGCCAGGAUGCCUUGGAUGUUUACCGGAAGCUUUCAAGCAAGCAGUAUAAUACAGGAUGGGUGCUUUCUCAGGUUGGGAAAGCUUAUUUUGAGAUGGUAGAUUACUUGGAAUCUGAACAUGCCUUUACUCUUGCACGCCGGGCAUCACCUUAUAGCUUGGAAGGAAUGGAUAUAUAUUCCACUGUUCUUUUUCAUUUGAAAGAAGAGAUGAAGUUAAGUUAUCUUGCCCAGGAGUUGAUCUCAACUGAUCGCUUAGCUCCUCAAUCGUGGUGUGCUAUGGGAAACUGCUAUAGCUUGCAGAAGGACCAUGAAACUGCUCUUAAGAAUUUCCAGCGUGCUGUGAAUCUAAAUUCAACAUUUGCAUAUGCUCACACCCUUUGCGGACAUGAGUAUGUGGCUCUGGAGGAUUAUGAGAAUGGAAUAAAAAGCUAUCAGAGUGCACUCCGUAUAGAUACCAGACAUUAUAACUCGUGGUAUGGUCUAGGAAUGAUCUAUCUACGGCAGGAAAAAUUUGAAUUUGCAGAGCAUCACUUCCGUAAAGCUUACCAAAUUAAUCCACGCUCUUCCGUUAUUAUGUGUUAUCUCGGAACAUCUUUACAUGCCUUAAAGAGAAGUGAAGAAGCUUUAGAGAUGAUAGAUAAGGCCAUUGUAGCUGACAAAAAGAACCCACUUCCAAUGUACCAAAAGGCUAACAUAUUGGUGAGUCUUGAGAGAUAUGAUGAAGCUUUGGCGGAUUUGGAAGAACUGAAAGAGUAUGCACCUCGAGAAAGCAGUGUUUAUGCAAUGAUGGGUAGGAUAUAUAAACGGCGGAAUAUGCAUGAUAAAGCAAUGCUUCAUUUUGGACUUGCGUUGGAUCUGAAACCCUCUACAGCUGAUGUUGCUUCAAUUAAGUCCGCUAUUGAGAAGUUGCAUGUACCUGAUGACAUCGAUGAGGACUUGUAAAUUUGGUUGAUAUUGGAUUUGUUACAGCAGUAAAUGAGAUAAAAGUACAUCAUGUAGCUAGAAACCUAAUUGGUAGGGAGCUAGACGUGCCUGGGCUUUCGGCUGAUCCUGAAGUAAAUGACAGAUCUGAAAGAUUCAUCGGCACCCCCGUCACCUGGUGUUUGUUGUACUAAUUAACCUAAUAGUUGCAGUUUUGUAGGUGUUUAAAUAAGCAGUAGAAUAAUCGAUACAGCUGUCAUAACUCAACAUAAUGUAUGAAAGUAGUUAGGUAAAUUUUUUAAACUUUUGUACCAUUUAAUACGAAUCUCAGAAGAACCUUUUGGUGGCCAAUUUUAGUAAUUAAGGAGCUCCAAGGAAAAUGCUAGUUCUUGAUAGGUUUUAAGUCAACAUCGAGGAUUUAAAUUUGUUAGAGGGACGCCAAAAGAUUUGAAGAGAGCUGAAAUUGUACUUGACUAACUAUGACUGUCUAAAUAUUUGUGUGAAUUCUACUCA